AUGAGUUCCAAUGACUUGACCGAUCGAAAAUAUUAUAGUUUAUAUGUGGGAAGCAUAUCGCCGAAUAUCCGUCGCAAACAAUUGUGUGAUUAUCUUGAACAAUACGGACGAGUUGAUCAAUGCCAAUGGUUUGAAGCUAAUUAUCGACGAUGUAAUUGUUUUGCGUUCGUCCUAAUGAAUACUCCGGACUCGAUCAAUCGAUUGAUGGCAACUCGACCACAUGUUCUUGACAAUCGCCGAUUGUAUUUAAAACGUGAACUGCCGGAGCAAUGUUCGAAUAAAGUCGAACAUUUUCUCACGACUGAAAAUGUGUUAAUUCAGUUUAAACAUAAUCAAAAUGGACAAAUCAACGAACCCGAUUUUAAUGAAGAAAAUAUUCGAAAUUAUUUUCAAACCUAUGGGCAAAUUCUUAGUUUAUGUCUUUUAAAAAAUCAUCGAUGCGUUAUCGAAUAUAAGGAUUAUGAUUCCGUCGAUUGUAUUCUUCUCGAUUGUCCACACUAUUUCAAUUCUCAUGAACUCGAAAUUGACAAAUAUUAUACUACAGAACAAUUGAAGCAUAUCGAGCGUUUGGUUACAACUACGCCCGAGACGCCUGACUUGAGCGCUGGUAUCGAUGAAGAACAUGUCGAACACGUUUUACGUUCCCGUCGUUAUUUGAACAUGCGUAUACGUUUGUUGAAAGACUCGAUAUUCUCAGUCGGUGUAGCGAAUGAGAUUAAAUUAGAAACAAUUCAACGUGGCUUUCAAACAACAAUCGAUCGAAGGAAAGAAUUACUAGAUCAAAUUCAACAAUUAAAUAAACAAUGUCAAAUUUUACACGAGAGAAAUCAAAGUCUGAAGGAAAUGAACGAUAGUCGAAUGGCAAUCAAUGAAAACUUGGAUAAAACUUAUCAGGAGCAGCUUCGCGAAGAACAGGCGAAACAAGACGAAUGGAAACAGAAGAUCGCAGCGUUAUAA